AUGGAUAACAUCAGUGUUGAUGAGGUGGACGCGAAGCCCAAACGCCCGGUUCUACGACGCGAGGGUUCGACGGCCGCUCCUCCGCCUCCAUUGCAGCCACCACCAGCCCCUCCGGCACAACCAGAUCCCACAGACUCUCUGAGUCUCCCACAGUUAAGGCAAUUGGUGGGACAAUUUCCUAAAGUCGAGCAGACCCCCUACGCGUUUCAUUACCAGGAUGCCGAGGACUUUGAGCGCGAGAUUGACCAAUGGUUUCAUUACACUGAACUUGAACGUGAUCGACACUAUCUGCGACAGUCUCUUGACGCGUACGAACAGAGGUGGAAAUACUUCCGUGAGUCGGAAUCUAUCUCCAACGACUUGGAAUGGACCGAUGUUAGCCAGGAUCAACAACGGAAGUUCAUCUCUGGUCUGGUCAAUGACCUCGACGACGAAGAUUACAGCUCACGCGUUGAGGCCCUGUGCUGUAUCUACUAUAUCCUGAUGGGGGCAUGGAGCACCACAUCCGGACUGGAAAUGAAGGAGCCUGCCACCGACGAAGAGUCCCUCUCACCUUCUGACGAUGAUCGGUGCAAUGUCGUUCAGGUUCGGUGGAUGCAUAACGGAGCGGACCUCAUGCAGCAAUGCUCUCUUAUUCCCAUUCUUUAUCGUUGCUUGAUUCAUGCAUCGAAAGUUCCCGACCUGACCCAUUCGCCACAAGCCGCUGAUGGUGAAGAGGCCACCGAGGGAGCCUUUGGCGAAAACGAAUACCGAGAGCUCAGUUUAUGCCUUUCUUGCUUCUAUAUUUUGAUCGAGUCCUCCCGAGUUCGACUUGAGACCGCCGCUGGCCAGGCCCUCCGACAGUCGGUCUCGGCCUUACAACCAAGCUUGCUAGUCUUUCUUGCCGGCAUGAUUUCACGUUUACGAUGGGAUGAACUUUACAAUAUACCCCUUAUGAAUGCAUUGCAAUUGUUCUGGAAAUCGAUCCUACUAUUGUUUGGAGACGUCUCGAAUCAUCUGGAAAAGGUCAAGAGCAUAUUGCAGCCACGCGUGGAUCCGUUCUCUGCAGAAGCCGCUCACCCCGUUCUUACCGCGUCUCCCUUGGAUUAUCACCUUUUUCGGCAGGAAAUCACCUCGAAAUACCCGGCAUACAACCCCCCGCCACCCAUGAUACCCUUGGAGAUUGAACAGAAGACCAUGCUGCCUCCACUGUCAAACCAGAUUCGGGGCAACAUUCCUGGGUCUGUAGGGGGUAGCAUGGGUGGCGCUGCAACCCGGGGAUCCAUUCUACAUCAACCUGUACACAUCGCUACUCCGGCUCCUUCCCCGCCCCCAUCACCCAUUGGUCCUGGUGGAAAGGCUGGUAAGAAACAGAACUAUCAGACCAACCAGAACUUCCCGUUCCUCUAUCCACCACUGGAUAGCACCAGCGAUAAUAUUGGUGGAAAAGGCUCUACGAGGGUUCAGGAUAUGAUGGUGGGAAAGAAGUGGGAAGGCAGUGAUGUUCCUCUUUCUAUCAUCGAAGCAGGAGAAUUGUUCGCCAGUCGUAUGAGGAUGACACGAGCAAUGCGCCAGCUCUGGAGAGAGCGAGAUAUGUUCAUGAGAUAUGAAAGAGGGUGGAAUGGAGAGAUAAAGGACGAAGCGAAAGAAGAACAAGAGGAAAGAAGCGAGGAGGAGAAGGAAAUCGAGAGCCUCGAGGACCCUGACUUGCGAUCACGUAUGUUGGCAGUGGACGAUUUCUUCCACCAUGCUCUGCCGGAUCUGCAAUCUUUGGUCAUUGUGAUGAUGAAGGUGAUGCUUACCAACGUACAAGACAUUGCGGUUCGCAAUGGUGGUGCCCAAGAACCAACGCAAACCGGAGGCCUGAAUCGCACCAAGUCGAAUUCUAACAUGGUUCAAAACCAAACGCUGCCUAUGCCACCACCACCGCCUCGUCCAAGCGAAAUGACCAUAGAAGACCUGGAUCAUGUCCGCACCCGUGAGAUCACUCAACAGGCAGUGUCUGGCGCGUUGUUUCUCUUGUUGAAGUGGUUCAAGGUGUCUCACAUCCUGAAGUUCGAAUACAUGACCCAACUCCUCCUGGACUCUAACUACGUGCAGCUCACUCUCAAAUACUUUGCGCAUCAGAAUCUGGAAGACCUCGUGGCUUUCAGCUACGACCAACAUGAACUGAGCGUCUGGCACUAUUGCUAUCUUCACUCAGACCAUCCGCCCUUGUCCCCCACGAGCGCCGACGAAAGAUCAGAAGCCUCGGAUGGGGACGAGGCCAUUCCACCGCCUAUUUCGCGGCACAGGAGGUCACCGACAACGCGAUCCGAAGGCCAGCCCACUAACGACCAAAACAAUACCAAACAAUCGCCGCAGCAAAAUCUCGAUCUCAGCGCCCGUCCCUCGGUCGAUGAGCUCGGGAAUCCGCUUGGGCCCCUCCCCACUAGCCCGAUCACGACCUACUCAUUCCGGCAAUUUCAAACCUCGAUCCACCUCCUUCGCGUCCUGCAAAAGCUGACACGCGGAAAAGCCCACCGCAUCCUGUUCCUUGUCCAAUUCAAGUCUUCACAAAUUUUGCGUCGGGUUCUUCGCGUCCCGGACCCAACCCUGCGCCUAUAUGUCCUCAAGCUGUUCAAAUCACAAGUCCCCUAUUGUGGUCGAAAAUGGCGACAAAGCAACAUGCGGGUCAUCACAGCAAUCUACUUGCACUGCAGACCGGAACUCAGGGAUGAUUGGUUGGCAGGGAUGCAUGAUGCAAAUGUGGAAGGGGAAGUCGACGAGGCCGUCCCUCUCGAGUGGGCACUUCGAGGGCUGACCUUUUGGUGGCAGAAAAGGAGGUAUCCGGACGUCACAAGAAAGGGGAAGAAAGGCUCAGUGCCAAAAGCGGAGGGUGAUCUUGACGAGAAUGAAGUUCGACUCGACGAUAUUGACGACGAUGAACGCGACUUCUUUCAGCGGGAGUUGGACGCAAUUGGAUGGGGCCUAGAAGCAUUGCGUAUGGCUGAUGGGUCAGAAGAUGGUGCUAUGGACGAAGAGGCCGCAUCCGUGCUCAGUGAAGCCUAUCCCAUGUCUAACGGCGACUUCAAUAACAUCAACGCUGGCAUGACAGCCUCAGGCAGCGCAGGAGCAGCCUCAGGUGUGGGCACAGGCACACCCCAGACUCCAAUACCCCAGCCGCAAUGGGUCGUUGCAGACGCAGCCGCACUGGAUAAUUGGCAAAACAGUUAG